UAUGCUAUUUAUACACCGACAGUCAAAUGUUUGCAGAUGUUACUGUGCAUUUGGAGAGAACAGAAGUAGGCUAUUUUGUGCUCGGGUACCAGAGCAAUUCUCAGCACUGACCGAUGUAGUCUUCCGCUUUUUAACGGAGCCCAAGGAGGUAGAAAGGUUUCUGACUCAGCUCUCUGAAUUUGCCACCAUGAAUGAAAUCAGCCUGGGUCCUCUGAAAAAUAUUGUCAAAAGUAUCCUCGUGAUACCUAAUGGGGCCCUGAAGAAGAAUCUGACAUCUGAACAAGUCAGAGCUGAUUUCAUCGCUUUGGGACUCAGUGAAGAGAAAGCCAGUUAUUUUGCAGAGCAGUGGAAGCUGAAUUCUCCCACUCUGACACGCCUGGCUGUUGGACAGACGCUGAUGAUUAACCAGCUUAUAGAUAUGGAGUGGAAAUUUGGAGUGACUGCGGGGAGCAGUGAACUGGAGAAAGUGGGAAGUAUCUUCUUACAGCUGAAAUUGAUGGUUAAAAAAGGAGGCCAAGUGGAGCAUGUGUAUGUAGAGUUAACAUUGCCGCAGUUCUACAGUUUUCUGCAUGAGAUGGAACGAAUCAAAACCAGUCUGGAAUAUUUCAGCUGAAACCCCACGGGACUGCAUUUAUCCCACAGUGGGACAAUUUCUUCUUGUGGGCCAGCACGUGUCUAAUCUGAACUCUGAUCAUCUGUAACAUAUUAGAUGAAGAUUGCACAAGUUAAUAAACAACAUUGUCACGUAGUUCUGAUCCCA